ACAACUAACUAAACAUAACAGAUGACAUCAGCUCGGGCUUUUCAAUUCCUGGAUGGCAGCGGCGUGUUAAUCCAACCUUCAUCCUGGAUUUCAUAAACUAAAGCAAGAGAGGUUGGCAGGAGGACAACUCAGCCGGAUUGAGGAAAUUGAUGACGGCGGAGCGUGAGGGCAACCCAGCGUAUAAAACUCAUCCCCUUGCAGCCCGAUGCUCAGCUACUUCUUUGGAUUCUUGACGGCUGUAUCCCGCAGCCAGGACCGCGGGGCUCUAAGUUGAGAAUUCGUCUAUCAAGUCCAGCCUCCUAGUGCGCCAGCCGAGGAAUCAGCCAUGAAGGGCCUCUGGCUGCUGUUGAUCACGCUGCUGGGACCUGUGCACCUGGAGGCGGACAGGAGUAGUAGGUACGCGGUGGACUGCCCCGCUCACUGCGACCCCAACCACUGCAAAAGCAGCCAGCAGUGCAAGCAAACCGUGCUGGACGACUGCGGCUGCUGCCGCGUGUGCGCCGCAACCCUCGGACAGACUUGCUACCGCACAGUCUCGGGCAUGGACGGCGCCAAGUGCGGCCCGGGGCUGUACUGCCACUUUUCCAACCAGGAGGAUGCUUUUGGCGAAGAGUAUGGCAUCUGCAAAGAGUGUCCUUAUGGUACCUUUGGAAUGGGAUGCAUACAGACCUGCACAUGUUCAUCUGGCAUAUGUGACAAAGUUACCGGAAAAUGCAUAAAAUUUUCCUUUUUCUCAUCAAAGUUUUCCAAAAAGAGAUUACCUUCUUCAGAUCAUGACAUGGCUUCUGGAGAUGGCAAUGCAGUCAAAGAACAAUUUGUGAAAAACAAUGCAGCUCACCCUCCGGUAACAAAAUGGUUAAAGCCCCGCUGAUAUUGGGUGUGGUUCGAUGAACAGCCAAAUGAGUACUCCCCUUGAAGAUUGUUCAAUGCACAGUCACACAUUUCAAGAGAAAGCUAGCUUAUUCAAUAAGAAAACCUGAUUUCUGGAGACCAAAUGUGAUCCAGUGUGAUUCUGGUGGAGGGAGGGAUGGGAGGGAAGGGGAAGAUUAUUUAAAUUCUAUCAAAUGCAUAUGGCUGGAGACUUUUAGACAUUUGUCUUGAUAAGUAUUUGAACAUUAGACAUGUUCUGGAUCCAUUAGAUAUAUAGCAAUAAUGAAGAACUAAAAAAAAGAUACUUAAAUAAUACCAGUGUUCAGAUGUGGUGGUCAAAGAGAAGACAUCCAGAACUAAAAUUCCUAGUCUGUCCUGUGAUUGGGAUGGAUACUGACAACAAAGGCCCAACAAUGAGGAAUGGGAAGACUGGGAAAGGAUAGGAUAGGAGGGCACAUAUUAUAUGCCAACUUGCUUUCUUAUAAUGCCUUUUAAUUCAAUGUAAUGGUUGUAAUAGAAUUGAAUGCUUUCUUUCACAUCAAGAGAAACAAAAGGAAAUCUAAAUGAGAAAACCCAAUGGAAAUAAGUGAUGGACGUUUGCUGCCCAUAUGAAGAUUGUGUAGAUGUGGUUAACACUGGGGACUACUUCUAUAGACUCAGAUGACUUGUAGAAGGAUUCUAGAAAUUAUUUUUAAAAUUAUUUUCCAUCUCAGAGGCAAGAUAUGGAGACAUUUUUGUUAGUUUGGGGCUAAAGGGUAAAUAUUUAUAUAUUUUUAUAAAGAUACAUGUUAUUAUGAUUCAUCUUAUAUGUCCAUAUCUAUCUCUUUCUUGAGGAGGUGAUCAUGGCAUGGAAUAUGCAGAGGAUGGUAAUGAGAAAGUUGAGAGAGCUGCCUAAAGGCAGAUUGAACUUUCCAAAUACGAGUAGCCCACUAACUUGAUGGCAAUUAUAAUAAUAGAAGUUAUAAGCAUAAGUGGAACCUCAAACACUUCAGCCACAUGACAAUUAUUUUUUGUUAGAUUUCCCCCAAAAUGUACUGUGACUGAAAUGUCAUUCUCCUUCACAAUUGCAAAUGACUCCUUGAGUAAGGCAGUAAAAGGAAGGUUAAUUUUAAACUAGUAGCUGUUCUGACUUUUCAACUUUGAAAGAUUUGAUGCCUCUUUUUUAAAACCUGAAAAAUGGGGAUAUACGGUGGAAAUUGGGGUACAGUUAUAAUGAUCCUAGCAUAAGCAAUACCAUUAUAUGAGAUGCUGGCCAGGAACAUUUACAAACUAUUUUAUUUGGAGUUAAGAAUUGAGUUAUUGUUAUUAUUGUUGUUGCUAUUAUUAUUAUUAUUAUUUAAAAAUGAUUUUACUAUUUACAUAGUUUAUUUACAUAAAUUGUAGGCUCUAAGUUUUGCCAGAGUUGUGAAUGACAGGUGGGGUCUUUGAAUGUAAACCUAAUAAGCUGUUUGAUUUUUCUUUUUAAAAUGACAUGUUUAUUAUUAUUCAAUAAAAACCAAUUGCUAUUA